AUGGAUCAGUGGGGGCCAAGCUACCACGACCCUGCCGGCGCAUCGAGGCGAUACAAUGGCAAUGACCAGAUGGGCCCCAGAGGCUACGCUGCCCAGCCAGCUCAGGCGCCGGCCCAGGCGCCUGCAGGAUUCAAAUAUGACCAGUAUCAGGGAGGUCUCAAUUCACAUGCCUCGAGUUCCGCGACCUCCCCCGUCACCACCCCGCAACUGCGCGACAACAACGGCGACGUCCCCAUGGCCGACGCAAACGAUCCCUACGCGAGCAUGAGAAUGCCCAUGAGACCUCAUCACUCUACACAUGUCUCCAGUGGCAGCCGAUCGUCCACCCUGCACUCUCCGCAGGAGCCCUCUGCCGCUGCCCAACGGUACUCGCCCAUGGAGGUGCUGUCCCCAACCUCCCCGUACGCCAAAGCUGGGGCCAGCCAAUUCUCUGCACCCCCGACAACGCGACAGUCCCCGACACGGUCCGCCGAUUACCACUCCCCACAGAGUCCGUACUACCAGAACAGUCGGCAAUCAUCCCAGCAGCUGCCGCCCAUGGCUCCCUUUCCCGCUGCUCUUGAGCAAUACCCCCAGCCUGGCGUCAUGAGUCCACGAGGAGACACCUGGCCGAAUAACCCCACAUCUCCCAAACGGAUACUCUCCAUGUCAGCAGGUCCGGUGGUGAGCAAGGGCCCGGUGCCCGAGUUCAAGAAGAUAAGGACAUCGCAGGAUCUCCAGCCAAGGGUCACCGCGCAGCCAGCCUUCCGGCGUGCGAAUCCAGAAGGCGGUUUUAUUAGUCCCCUUCAAGCCCUGACCGUUCAUCUGCCGGCGACGUACCGGAUAUGCAACCCGAGCUUCAAGUACGAGUCAUCGCGCAACCCUCGGCGGGUCCUGACGAAGCCAAGCAAAGGCUGCAAGAACGAUGGCUAUGAUAACGAGGAUAGUGACUAUAUCCUAUACGUGAACGAUAUCCUCGGCUCUGAGGAGGCUGGGCACAAAAAUCGGUAUUUGAUAUUGGAUGUUUUGGGCCAAGGAACAUUCGGUCAGGUCGUCAAAUGCCAGAAUCUCAAGACUCAGGAGGUUGUUGCUGUGAAGGUCAUCAAAAACCGCACUGCAUACUUCAACCAGAGCAUGAUGGAGGUGUCUGUUCUGGACUUGCUCAAUACCAAGCUCGACAAGAACGAUGACCAUCAUUUGCUGAGGUUGAAAGACACCUUUAUACACAAACAGCACUUGUGUCUGGUCUUCGAGCUCCUCAGUGUCAAUCUGUACGAGUUGAUCAAGCAGAACCAGUUCCGUGGUCUUAGCACAACUCUGGUCAGGGUCUUCGCUCAGCAACUUCUGAACGGGCUGGCGCUUCUGAACAAGGCUCGACUGAUCCACUGCGACCUGAAACCCGAGAACAUCCUCCUGAAGAACCUCGAAAGCCCCAUCAUCAAAAUCAUCGACUUCGGUUCGGCAUGCGACGAGCGGCAGACUGUGUACACGUACAUCCAGUCGAGAUUCUACCGUUCACCUGAGGUGCUACUGGGAUUGCCAUAUUCCUCAGCAAUAGACAUGUGGUCGCUCGGUUGUAUUGUCGUCGAGCUUUUCCUCGGCCUGCCGUUGUUCCCCGGGUCGUCCGAGUACAACCAGGUCUCGCGGAUCGUUGAAAUGCUCGGCAACCCGCCAAACUGGAUGAUCGAAAUGGGCAAGCAGGCGGGCGAAUUCUUCGAGAAGAGACAGGACGAGUUCGGCCGUCGGACGUACCACCUGAAGAGCAUGGAGCAGUACUCGAGAGAACAUGGCACUAAAGAACAGCCCAGCAAGAAGUAUUUCCAGGCCGAGACAUUACCGGAAAUCAUCAAGUCUUACCCCCAUGCCUCGGAAGAACAUGAAGCCGAUCGAGAUAGAGAGAGGUCACCGGCGCCUGGGACGCAGCAGCAGCAGCAGGCCGAGGCGAUAAGCAAACAAAGGGCGCAGGCGGCGCAGGCACAGGCCAACACAGCGGCCCAGGGUGCCUACUCCAUGGCCACUGGCCAGUACGCUUCUUCCAGCCACGGCGCAGGCCCAGCCUACGGAGCAAAUAAUAUGUACUCGCCCAGCCAUGCCGGACCGCCACCUGCGUACGGCUCGCAACCGAAUCCAUACAGCCAAGUUGGUAUGAACCCCGCACAGAUGCCAAACGCAAAUUACAAUGCUGUCACGCAGCAGCCCGGAAUGUACCAACAAGCGGUGAGACGGCAGCGGGCUUCGACCAUGGAACAGCAACAAAGCGGCAUACCGGCAGCGAUACAAAGGGUUGCCAGCCAUCUCGACCCCAACGCGCCCAUUCGGCUGCAGCCAAGCCCUGCUUACUAUCCUCCACCGGCGGACGGGGGCGGCCUUAUAGAUCCGGCUUCCGCCCGCGCUGGUGGCAGGAGGGGCAGCCAGGCUCAGAGAGGUGGGGCGGCCAGGGGCAAUCGGGAUUUCAUCCGGAAUCUGGAAGAGAGAACGCUCGAGGAGGGUUUCGGUCAGAACAAUCAUUGGGGCCACUGA